GACGUUGGCUGGGUUCAGGCUUGUCAAACCUAUGAUAAAUAUGAUAAAUAAAACCAUUAUUUGAACAUAGUGUGCCUCGGCGCUAUUGUAUAUAUCAUGUAAAAGCAUCAGCCGCCAUACUUGCACGAGGUUAAGAAAAUAACGAACAAAAUAACACAUUUCAAAGGUGGAUCUAUUCUAUGUGUGAUGCUAGUUUGAAGGGGAUAGAAAUACAUUGAAUCUAUAUAUUGAAGGUACUAGCUCUAGUACCUAUGGCCUCAAAAUGAUGAUUAACGAACAGACUAUCCUCGAGGAGGAUUAUGACGAGAAUUAUCAGCCGACGGAAGAAGAAAUCUAUGAAUAUGCUCAAGUGAUUGGCCUCGACCCUCAAAAUGAGCCUGCCCUUCUCUGGAUUGCUCGAGAGGGCAUCAAUGCCCCUCUCCCCGACAACUGGAAACCCUGCCAAGAUCCGAAUGGGGACAUCUACUAUUUCAACUUUGCGACCGGGGAGAGUAUCUGGGACCAUCCGUGUGACGAGUACUAUAGGACGAUGGUCAGUAACGAGAGGAAGAAAGUCGCAGCGGGCGGGGGCAGUGGACCGAAGAAGAAAGCACCUAAGAAAGAAGCAAAGAAGAAAGAAAAGGCUAUGAAAGGAGCUGGACAGUUAGGUGGCAGCCUCGGAGGGGGAUUUGGUCAACCAAAGGGUCUUGGUCCACUGAAGUCAGCAGCAGGCCCCCAGACUUCUGUCAAGAAUACAGGCUUGUCCCCAGUGUCUGGGUCCCUUGGCCCAUUGAAACAGGAUCACCUGCUGGGCACUGGUACCAGCACAUUGGCUGGCGCGACAAUGGGAGGCAGCAGCCUUGCUAGUAUCGGUGGACCUGUGAGGGGCAGUGCACCUGCUGCACUACACACCCUAGGACCAUUAAAGGGAGAGCUCAAACCGCAACAACAGCCCAAGCCCACCAGCGCGGGCCUGAACAAGAGUCUUGUCAGCAGCACAGGGGAGAACAUCCAGCUUCUUCCGAGUUUCUCUGAUGAGGAAUCGGAAGACCCAAACAAGCGCUUCAGCUUCGAAAUCGACCAGAUGGACAUUGGUCAGCUUGGAUAUGAGGAUUCGGACUCAGACAAAAGAGACCCAAGAAUCGUGAUACCCAACGAGGGAGACAGCAGUGGCAGUGAUGACUACGAAAAAGAUGUGGAUUUUGGAAUCGACAAGAACCUGUCAGAGCGGAUCAUGGACAUUGACAUGCUGGAGCCAGCAGCUGCUACACUGGAUCGGGACUUUGAAAACACACUCUCCGUGAGGUCAUCCGGUACGUUCCCCGGUUACGACAUAAAGACCGGAUUAACGCCGCGUCUACACGAUGAGCUGGUCAUGAAACCCAUAGUUGACGAACGACAGCAGAAAGCAGCAAUGGCCGCAUCAGCUGCGGAAAAGAGAUUUGUUUAUAAUAAUGGCCCACAACUUGAGGAGGAGGAAGAAAAGAUCAAGACGGCCAAUGAGCGUGCUCUGGCUGAGAUGAGGCUACGCUUGGAGAAGGAGUUGGAGGAUGCCAGGCUGGAGUUGUUAGAGGACAAAGAUGCUAAGCUGAAGAAAAUCAAGGGAGAUAUUAAAAAAGAGCAGGAGGAGGAGGCUAGGAAACUCAAGGAGGAAAGCUCACAGGAAAUCAAGAGUAUCCGUAGCCAACAAGAGCAGAAAACAAAGGAUGAAGAAGGGAAACUUGACGAACAGAAGGCACAGACAAUCAAGGAGAUACACGAGAAGUUCAAGAAAGAUCUCGAAAACGAGGAGGGGAGAAUCAGGCAAGAGACGGAUGCCUCGAUGAAGAAACUGAAAGAUGAAGUGGAGUCCCUCCAAGAGGAGCAGAAGAAGAGCUUAGAAGGUCAGAAGGACGCGCUAUUGGAAAGGUUGAAGAAAGAGGUUGCUGAACAUGGUGAAAAGGAAAGGAAGAAGUUGGAAAAUGAGAAUUUGGAACAGCUUGAUAAGAUACGCGAACGGCUUCAUGGAGAACUUCAGGAGGAAAGCGAACAGAUCGAGAAGCGACAUGCGUACAGGAUGGAGCAGGCGCGACAGGAAUUAGUCGAAAAACACGAGAAGGACAUGGAGAAGUUGAAGGAGCAACUUCAGGAGCUGCAGAGUGCUGAGAAGCAGAAACAUGAGACAGAACUGAAGGCUGUGAGGGAGAGGCAGAAGGCUGUUGAAGACUUGGAGAAGGGGCUUGAGGACGUCCUGCAAGACAGGAAGCGAGAAAUCAAGGAAGACCAACAGAAAGAAAUCAGCCGCAUCCGGGCGGAACACGAGAAAAACUUCCGCAAAACACAGGAGGAAUAUCGAGACAGGGAGCGUAAGGAUAAACAGGAGCUUGAAGACAGUUUACAUAAAGUCAAGCAGGAGAUGUCGGCUCAGCACGACAGGGAAGUCGAUUACAUCAAGGAUGAUUAUAACAAGAAACGGGAUCAGCUGAAGGAGAGGUAUAAUGUGGAGGAACUCAAAGUUACUGAGAGGAAGAUUACAGUCGAUAAAGAAACUAAGGAAAUUGAUGAAGAGGAGAAUAAACUUCAGGACAGAAAGCACUUUGUCGAUCACAGAAAAAUCGAACUGGAAAAACUCGUGAAAGAAAUGGAGAGACAGGAAAGAGAACUAGAAGAGCGUAGAAGAAUGUUCCGCGAUGAGUUGGACCGAUUUGAGCAGGAACAGCAGGAGAGCUUGUCGAAGCGGACCGUCUCGCUCCACUCGAAAGAAAUGGAGCGAAUGCAGAUAGAGAGAGAAAACCUCCAGAAAGACCUCCGCGACGAGCGGAAAUCGCUUGACAAUAUACGGCGGGAGAAGUCGACAUUUGAAACCGAUUUAGCGAAAUUGAAACGGUCGCGGGACAGCUAUGCCAAGAAAGUUCGGAUUCUUCGUGAGAGUGUCGACACGGACAAAAAAGACAGUGAAAGGAAGCAAGCUGUGGAGGAGUCCGCCCUGGAUGAGACGCUGACGCAAGAGCCCCCUAGUGAGGCGCCAGAGACCCUGAACAUUGACGAUUUGACCUCAUCUGCGCCCAAGCCUGCGCCGCGGCGCAGAGUCCAGAGCCGCAGUCCGGAGGAUGAGAGUAAUAAGGAGAAUGUUUCAGAGUUAAAUACAGAUCAAAUCGGAGAAGAACUAUUGCAGAGACCAAUAUCAAAGAAAGCGACAAUCCAUGACUUUAGUGAUGACGAUUCCAUGACUGAUGACAUACUGCUCAAUAGACAUCACCGAUUCCCGUCCAAAUUCAGUAAUGUAAAGGAACACUUGGCACGCGAGAAUGAUUCCAUCGGUCAGGCGAAGGAGUUCUUGAAAAAACAACGUCAUUCUCUCAAACGACGUCAGGCGGCGCUCCGAGCAGCCAAGAUGGAGCUCAAGCGGGAUCUCAUGCAACAGGAGGACGUCUCCUCGAUCGGUGCCAACAUGCUCCACGACGUCGAAGCCAACCUCGAAAAGGAAGCCGAGGAACUCGACAACAUCUUCCAGAACAUGUCCCAGGGGACGAGGUUGCUUAAGGAGAAGGAGCACAAGGUUCGCCAGCUUCAGAUGGCGCUGGAGUCGGACGAGUCUGCCUCUGACACAGAAAGUUUCUUCAAACCGUUCCUCAGCGGCAGCAGAGCCAGGAAGCCGUCACGAGGCCUUGAAGCUCUAGAUUUGGAUCACAGCGACUCGGAUGAGAGUUCUGGUGUGGGAAGUAAUGACAUGUACAUUGAAGAUUUGAAUAUUCCUCAAGCUUUCAAUGUCGGCAUGAAGAACAAGUUCCAAUCGAUGCCUAGUUUGCAUGUUGGUAUGCAUAAUGCACUAGAUAAUCGUGUGGAGAACCAGCUGGGGAACCAGGUUGGCCCGGAGGUGAUCGGCUCGAUCAAGAAGAUCAACGAUGACCUUGGGAGGGUCAUGAGUAUGUUGAAUCUGCCCCAGAGUGCUGGGGCCCCUGCUCAAGCUGAAGAUCGGCCGGCAGCACCUGUCAGCAGGGAACCUCCAACAUAUCCACUUCACAGCUGGCAGCCCGUCAAUCCUUACAUAUCCAAACCAGUCACCAAAGUCGACUGGGGAAAUGCAGCAUUUGAAAGUGCGGAAGCUGCCUUGGAGAGAAAAUGGCGCAAAUAUUUUGGAGCUCCUGUAUUUAUUGAUCGUCGUCCUCCAUUAUCAUCAUUCAGUUUGUCAAGACCAAACAUUGCCUUUGGUCCAGUCUCAGGAAGAGAGGCAGUUAGUAACUUCAAAGGCCCGUUGACGAGUUUACAGCCCAACAGCAUACCGUCAGAAGACAGGCUUGCCCAACAUCGCGACUGGCUGAACCGCUUCCAGAGAGAUAUAGGCCUAAGUCCUUACCAUGGCAGUGCCUCAGAUUGUGCCUCUGUUAACAGUAUUCCAGCUUCCGUAGAUCUUGCUCAACCUACCGGCUCACAGAAACUCAACAAAGGAGGAGUACGCUUGGAACUUGAUGAAAACAAUGCGUUACGUGUCCGACAGUAUUAAGUCUUUCGCAACCGCAGCCCACACACGGUAUAGACCAGGCAAAUUGGAUCCAAACUUGGCCUAGGAAAAGUUUCAUUGUUAAAUUGCUAGCAUUACCUAAUCUCGGGGGACAAGGCAUGAGUCCGCCUUGGUGCGAUAAGUACAGUACCCCUGGCCCACACACAGUAUAGACUGGGCUGCUUGGAUUCCAACUUGGCCUAGGAAAAGUUUCAUUGUUAAAUAGCUAGCAUUACCCAAUCUCAGGGGCAAGGCAUGAGUCUGCCUUGGUGCGAUAAAUACAGUACCCCUGGCCCACACACGGUAUAGACUGGGCUGCUUGGAUCCCAACUUGGCCUAGGAAAAGUUUCAUUGUUAAAUAGCUAGCAUUACCCAAUCUCGGGGACAAGGCAUGAGUCACAGUCUUGGUGCGAUAAGUCUUUGAAAACUGUCCUGGCUGGUGUCGACUUUUUGGAUCAACUUAGGGUCUACCGGAGUAUAGUUUUCAACUUUCGAAAAAUGCAAAGUCAGUAAGAUUUCCUCUGCAGGUUUUUGACGUGGUUAACACAGGUUUAUGAUGUGGUUAACACAGGUUUAUGAUUUGGUUAACACAUGUUUAUGAUGUGGUUUACACAGGUUUAUCACGUGAUUAACACAGGUUUAUCACGUGAUAAACACAGGUUUAUCACGUGGUUAACACAGGUUUAUCACAUGAUUAACACAGGUUUAUCACGUGGUUAACACAGGUUUAUCAUGUGGUUAACAAAGGUUUAUCAUGUGGUUAACACAGGUUUAUCACAUGAUUAACACAGGUUUAUAACGUGGUUAACAAAGGUUUAUCACAUGAUUAACACAGGUUUAUGAUUUGGUUAACACAGGUUAAUGAUUUGGUUAACACAGGUUUAUCACGUGAUUAACACAGGUUUAUCACGUGGUUAACACAGGUUUAUCACAUGAUUAACACAGGUUUAUCACGUGAUUAACACAGGUUUAUCACGUGGUUAACACUGGUUUAUCACAUGAUUAACACAAGUUUAUCACAUGAUCAACACAGGUUUAUCACGUGAUUAACACAGGUUUAUCACGUGAUUAACACAGGUUUAUCACGAGGUAAACACAGGUUUAUCACGAGGGAAAAAGUGUCAUGUAGACUCCAAAUGCUUUAUUUUUUAACGGCAAAUUUGCCUUUGAGCUAUUUGGCAUGAGUACCCCUCGUUAGUCAACCAAGUAGACGGUACGUAGAAUUACCUUUUGAAUCUAUCUUCGGAUGGAUGUCCUGCUCCAUUUUCGGGAGGAAGCUUGCUGAUUUGUGUAUUUUAACUGCCUUCUUCAGAUAUGUUUGAGAGUUCUUUAUAUCCUGUUGACUUAAAAGAACAUUGACAGUGAAUGUUUGAAAAUAACUUGGCUGGUUGUUAGAAAGGAUGUUAGCUUGUAACGUUGUGUUGACAUGCUGUUUCAUGUACAUCAAUGCACAUGUAACAUCAUGUUCACAUGUUGUUUCAUGUACAUCAAUGCACAUGUAACAUCAUGUUCACAUGUUGUUUCAUGUACAUCAAUGCACAUGUAACAUCAUGUUCACAUGUUGUUUCAUGUACAUCAAUGCACAUAUAACAGCAUGUCAGCAUCAUGUUAUGAGCUAACAUGCUUUCUAACCACCGGACCCAGAGCGUUGGUAAUCUGGUUUUCAAUUACAAUCUUAGACCGAGAUGACACGGAAAUCACGUUUCAUGAUUCACAUGUCAAGAUUCACACAUGAAAACAAAAGAAUAUUCAAAGUAACAUAUGGAAGCCUAUGUAGUCUUUACUUUGGAUAUGACCUGUUUCCAGUUUACCUGCAUUCUCCAGUUCUGAAUUUUUUUUAAUGACACAGAAAUCAGGUUUCCUGAUUCACGUGUCAAGAUUAACACAUGUAAAAAAAGAAUAUUCAAAGUGACAUAUGGAAGCCUAUGUAGUCUUUACUUUGGAAAUGACCUGUUUGCAGUUUACCCACAUUCUCCAGUUCUGACUCUUUUUUUAAUGACACAGAAAUCAGGUUUCCUGAUUCACGUGUCAAGAUUCACACAUGUAAACAAAAUAAUAAUGACCUGUUUCCAGUUCACGCGCAUUCUCCCAUUCUACUACUGACAUAUUUUUUUUAUGUUUAAGAAUGAUUAAGGGAAGCUGGUACUUUCCUCGUGGUAGAGAUUUGUUGUGCAGUUCUUAAGAACACUUUACACAACUUGCAGUUUAGAAAAUCAGAUCCAGCUGAUUGAGUUCUGACUUUGAGUUUUCUCCUGAAGGUAAUAGGGUCGUUAACACGUGCAGAAAAACACCUGCUUUGGAAUGAGACCACAUUUGUUUGGAAUAGUCAAUCUAAAACCAAAUGUGCUUUUUGCGUGUGAAAAUGUCCAAAUUUAAUGUGCGUGUGAACGGCCCUUUUUGACCAUGAUUGUGUAUUGGCAUUUUCUUCAAAUACAUGCUGCCAAUUUUUAGUUAAAUACUCUUAAAAUUAGUGGCUGGCAUCAGCUUUUUAGUAUAAUGAUUAAUUAGUAUGUGCAGGCAGGCAUGCAGUUAAGAUAUUAGUUAGGGUAAAUUUUAUCAUCAGUUCUAUAAGGUCACAAAUCCUCACUAAGUUUAUUGCAAGUGCGUGGAAUUCAGGUCAAUGGAAAUUUUGUGUCUCCGAAAUGAUUUCAUGGCUUGGCUAGAGUUAUAUGUGUGUAAAAUAGUUAGUUUAAUAAUUUAUAAGUGGUUCUAUUAGAAGCUUAGGAUUUUAAUUAAUUAAUUUGCUGAUUAAGCUUAGUUUGAUUGAGGAUUGUAGUCUAUCAUGUAAUUAAUUAGUUAUCAAGAUUUAUUUAUAGAUUUAUUCAAAGUGUCUUAAAACGUACGUAAAACCUCUCUAUUAAGGGCAUCUUAAGGGCAGCAAGAGAGUUAAUUUCACAGAAUACUUACUGAAUCACCGUCCAUUGUGAAAAAUUCUGUGAUAAGAAGCAAACUCCCACCACUUUUCAAAUUUUUUUUCUGAGUGUCAGAAUAGAGGUCCGGUUGUUAGAAAGCAUGUUAGCUCAUGACACCAUGCUAACAUGUUGUUACAUGUGCAUUGAUGUACAUGAAACAACAUGUCAGCAUGUUGUUACAUGUGCAUUGAUGUACAUGAAACAACAUGUCAGCAUGUUGUUACAUGUGCAUUGAUGUACAUGAAACAACAUGUCAGCAUGUUGUUAGAUGUGCAUUGAUGUACAUGAAACAACAUGUCAGCAUGUUGUUACAUGUGCAUUGAUGUACAUGAAACAACAUGUCAACAUGAUGUUACACGUGCAUUGAUGUACAUGAAACAACAUGUCAGCAUGAUGUUACACGUGCAUUGAUGUACAUGAAACAACAUGUCAACAUGUUGUUACAUGUGCAUUGAUGUACAUGAAACAACAUGUCAACAUGAUGUUACACGUGCAUUGAUGUACAUGAAACAACAUGUCAGCAUGAUGUUACACGUGCAUUGAUGUACAUGAAACAACAUGUCAGCAUGUUGUUACAUGUUCAUUGAUGUACAUGAAACAACAAGAUGUUACAAGCUAACCAUGAUUUCUGACAGCCGGGCCCUGAAUGUUAUUGAUAAAAAGAUAUUCCUUUGUAAUUUUGUAAAACCUAUGAGUGGCCCAAUGGCAAUGAAAUGUAGGCGAUAUGAAAUUAUAGGGUCUGUUCAGGAAGUCCCUCAGGCUUCUUCAUGACUAGUAAGUGUUAUUCAAGAGAAAAUUUGACUAUUCAGCUUUUUGAGAUUUUUUUAGUUCAGAAUUCUUGAGCUCUGAUGACAUGCGUCAGAUUUGUAUGGAUAAAAAGAUAUUCCUUUGUAAUUUUGUAAAUCUAUGAUUGGCCCAAUAAAAUUUAGGAGAUAUGAAAUUAUAGGCUCUGUUCAGGGAGUCUCAGACUUCAUUGCAAGUAAAUAUUGUUCAAGAGAAAAUUUGACUACUCCGCUUUUUGAGAUUUUUGAGUUCAGAAUUCUUGAGCUCUGAUAACAUGUGUCAGAUUUGUAAAUUUAUACAUAGAAAAUGAGUGCUUUUUAUACGGAACAUAAAAAUGUGAGAAACUUUUUCAAUGGUCCUUGUAUCAUAAGAAUGAAUAAAGAAGUCCAUCUAUUUUCA